AUGCCUUCUCAGCUACCCAACGAAACUGACGAUCCUUUUACGAGAUGGCUAAAAUCCCGCCCCAUUAUACAAAGAACUAUAUCGACGAGAGAGUGCUUUGAUUCUGAGGUGUUCUUGGCCUCUGGUGGCUGGAAUGUAACUAAUGAAUUGCUAACGCUAAAGAAAUACUACCAGCUGAAAUGGCCGAACUCAAGUGGCUGUACGUUCCACCCAAAGACUAUAGAGCUCAUUGAAGAACGAUUGCGCAGUUUGGAGGAGCAUGAUUCUUCAUGCAAAAUCCCAAAUACAUCUUAUUCAUACAAGAAAACAUUUCUGGAAGAUACCAAAUCUGCAUUGUCCAAUUUAGAACCCGUUUGGGGCCCACCAAGACUUUUGAAUCCAGCAGAAUUGCUGUUACCACAAGAUGAGAAGUUAUUCGUUCAAGAGAUACCACUAAAAUUCGAACCUUUCCAAUACACAAACAGAUUUGCAUAUGGUGGCCUACAGUUUAAGAACAAUUUAUUCGUGACUUAUGGAAGUUAUUCUUUCCUGGCUGCUGGUCAAAGCAUUGAGGUUCAUAAUUUUGACGUGCUUUUAAACGCUUCCUCAUUAGAGAUCUGUCAUGCUCUAUUGCCCGUGGUAAUGCCAGACGAUGAAGGUGUUAGAAAUUCUCGUAAUUCUUCUUAUGUGAAAUUCAAAGAUGCACAAUUCAAUGACAUACCUAUGUUAUCCUCUGUCAAUUUUCUGAAAAUCUGUAACCUUAUGCAUCAAGACUUCUUGUUGGCAUGUGGUGAUAAUGGGGUUGUUUACAUGUGGGAGAUUUACAAGGUAAUCAAAAUAUUCAAUAAAUUUACUUCAGACACCUUAGCAGGCAGCGAUAACAGUCGAGAAAGGUACAUAAACGUUGAUCCAUAUAUGGUGUUGAGAGUAGAGGACUCUUGUUGGAGCGUCGACGCAAUCGACAUAGAUGGUGUAAUAUAUAUCGCUGUGGGACAUAACAAGCCUGGUGUUACUGUCUUCGCCUUUGAUAAGGAUACCGGAAAGGAAAGGAAAUACAUUCAUCCGCUAGACCUCCCCUCGUCUCAUAACGUUCCUUGUGUUAAUUUUGUCCCGAAUUCAAAAGAUUCCAAUGGAUAUAUUACUUUGAGUUACUGCUCCAUAUUUGGGAACGUUGUUACUGUUAAGAUAAAGGAACACAACUCUAGUAUUCUAACGAGCUUUCUUGAUACCCAAUUUUUUGGCGAUGAUUUGUGGACAGUAACUCCACUAAGUAAAAAUGAUUUUAUGAAUGUUGAAAAUUUUGAAUCACUGAAUCUUAACUACCAAGAUGGCUUCAAGGAAAAUAUGUUGUAUUCUAUUUGCCGAGAUGAUUUCUUACUAGGGUAUUACUGUGAUAACACAUAUCUAUCAGGGAAUUUUGGAAUCGGUACACUACUCAAUCAAUUUCAAGUUCCUGUAACAGAUCUACGGCUAACUUCCUCAGAAGGAAUUCCAGACGAACAAAUCCUACUAAGAUUCACCUCAUUUGAUAGAAAUUAUACCACCACAGGCUCAAUAAAAUAUGAGUACAGUAGAGAGGAGUUCGCACUUAUCUUACAUACUAGCGAUUUAGAUGAUAUGAACCAUACAGUGACAAAAAGUGUUCCUUGCGAACCACAUUUACGGCAGUGGACAUUUUGGGACGAUUUUGGUCACAAACAUUACCGUACCACGGAUCGUGGGUUUUCAAAGUAUAAAGAUAUCAUCAGUACCUUUCCACAAAUGAUAACGCCAAGCGGAAGAAAUAAAUCAUCACAAUACCAGAGUGCUUCUGACAGGAAAAUCUGCGAACCUUUUACUUAUAAACUUACUGAUCUAGAAAACGAUAUUGAAGAUAUUUCUAGAGAAUUCAAUAAAAGUGUCCGCAAUCUAAGAAUGGACAAAAGAAGACAACUGCAAACGUCAAAAGAGUUUAAAUCGCUAAGCUCAGUAAACCAUCUGCCCAUUAUUGAGUCGGGGAAUUUCUUAUGGUACAACACUGACGCUGCAGCUGAUUGGAGAACACUUUCAGGUAAAAAUUUAAAGACUGUUCUAAAGAACCCAGAGAUAUGUAGCCUUCGCCUGAACUCCGUAGAGGAUAAUGAGGUCAUCAGCGACUCUGAGAACGAAGAAUCUGGCAACAACUUAACAAGUUUCCAACGUAGAUAUAGGAAUACUGAACAGCGUGCUAAUCUCAAAUCAGAUACACAAAAAUCCUGGGGGUUCCAUAACUAUGUAAGAAGCGUCAAGCGGUUAUUGGAGUCAGUGGUACCGGGUUCGGAAGAUUCGCCGCUUGGAUACCAACUACCUGAAAUGCAUGACGAAUUCUUCCUUGUCACUACAGCACACAGGUUAGUAUUAAUGAAAGCGCAUCCCCUCAUCAUUACAUCAGCGACACAGCAUGACAUUUUCCCUCUAGAUGGUGUUGUCACAUGUACCUCGAAAUCGUUACUGCAGGCAUUGAAUAGAAUAAAUUUUGUAUGUCACAUCAAGGAACUACAUUGCGUAGCCAUAGCCUCACAAUUGGGUCUCGUUUCAUUAUUAAGACUAACGGAGUAUAGAGGCAUAUAUUCGUUCAGACAGGAAUAUAUUCUGGGUUGGGAAGUACAGGACCCCACUAAUCCUAGCGUAGAGUGUAGGUGCAACAGAAAUCUGUUUAACGCACCCAUAUACGGUGUCGACGAAGAGAAUUCAGAUAGCUAUUGCGGAGUUUGUGAUGCAUACUUCCCUAUGGGUGAUGUUUGUGGUCUUGACUACACUUACACAGCUGGCGAUGAAGCGUUGAAACGUAAAGGAUAUGCAACACUCUACGUAGCCUCGAGAGGCGCCUUACGGGCGUUCAAGAUCACCACUGAGCAUGGAGCUGCCCUAUUAUAG